CACGCGAUGGUUUUUAGACCCGCGUGUGUCUGUGGAAAUGCUCCUUCAGUUUGCACAACAAAGGAACAGCAGAAAAUCAGCUGAAGAGUGGGUGCAGUAUGUAGGUAUAUUUUAGGCGCUGGUUAGGAACUCGCUUUGUCUAUAUAAGGCUAUUGAUUGUGCGCCAGGGCGUUAUCCAAACCUUAUUCACUGAUCAGAUCAUUCAUGAUGAUGUCUUGUGAAAGGCAGGAGCGCUGAACGGGUCCGCUGGAAAGGGCGCGCUCGCGCGCUCACUUGGCUUCAUAACGCCUUAUAACGCUGUGAGUUCACUCCUUUAGGGUUUCCUUUUGGGAUUGAAUUGAUCUGCUGGCUGCCGGUCUGUACGGUGUGGUGUGGUUGAAAAGCAACUAAUGAGAAAGUUUCAUCACAGCAUUGCAUCACCUGAGAAGAUACCUGACGCACUCCGAGCCCCAAAACGGUGCUGUGUAGAAAUUAUGGGAAAUGGAUAAGCUCACCAUUAUCUCAGGAUGUCUGUUUCUUGCUGCUGAUAUUUUUGCAAUUGCCAGCGUCGUCAACCCAGACUGGAUCAACACUGGAGAAGAAGAAGGUGCCCUGACCAUGGGGCUGGUUCGGCAGUGUCAGACCAUUCACGGCAGAGACAGGAUCUGUUCACCCCCGAGCCUUUCUCCAGAAUGGCUCGCCACUCUCUUCUUUAUAAUCCUGGGCAUCAUUUCACUGUCCAUCACUUGCACCCUGUUGGUGCUGUCACACUGGCAUCAGGAGACAGCGAAGUACGCCCGCUGGAUUGCUUUCACAGGAAUGGUCCUGUUCUGCCUGGCAGCUCUUAUAUUUCCAACUGGAUUUUAUAUCAGUGAAGUUGGUGGACAACCUUAUAAGUUACCCAACAGCACUGUUGUGGGAUCUUCAUACGUACUUUUUGUCUUAUCGAUAUUUUUCACUAUCGUCGGACUCUUGUUUGCCGGGAAAGUCUGUCUGCCUGGCUGACAUUAAGCUUCACCACUAAAGUGUUUCUCGCAAGCUAUAAAGCAUGGGGUUCCACUUCGUAGAAAGCGAAAGACUUGCUCUGAAACCCACCCAGAAAGGCUGACAUCAAGAUUUUAUAUGUAUAUUAGAGAUGCACAGUUUCACUGGCGCUGACAAACUUAUCUGUUCAAUAUUGUCUUCUACUGAGAAUUAUUUUGAAAAAACCCAGUUGUUUCUUUCUUUUAACAUCGUCCUUUUGAUUGUUAUCCUUGAUUUCAUGCCAUGUGACAGCAAUUGUUUAAAUACAGUGCACAGUUUUGAUUAUUUUUUACCUUUCGUCAAGGUAAAACGGUGGAUAUUUCUUGCCGGAGCUGAAAAAGUGUUCUUGCUGUACAGGAAAAGUCUUUUCAAGCCACAAUAGCAACUCUGUCCUUCUCCUCCAGGAUGAAAUCUCAGCCUGUUAUUUAUAGCUGAACUCCUGUGCCACUUUCAGUUUUAUCCAUCUAUUUGUGAGAUUCAUCUGUGUACGAAUCGGUCUCGUUUCCUUGGCAACAGCAUUUCGAGCAAGGAAGUGAAAAGCGAGAAUUCUCUUUCCUCCAUUGUCUUAAACAUCCAUCGGGAAAAAAAAAAGAUUAUUCAUAGUUCCCUGAAUGAUAAAAAUAUGUUGAUAAACAGUAAUUAAAUAAUUUGAUGUCAACAUUAAUUACAUAAUCAGAUUUCCUAAAGAGAAGCAAGGAAACCUGUUACAGCUAACAUCAUGAGAACAAAGCUGAGACCAAACAUGAAUCUGGACUAUAAUAAUGAUUUUAUUUUUUUAGAAGGAUGUUUAUUUUCAGGUAGUUAUUUCCCAGCAGGAUGGCAGUAUGAUGAAAUUCUCAAUGAGUUUAUAACACACGUCGUUUUCAGGUAUUACCUUAGAGAUGGUCCACUAUCAGUUUAUAACAGUAUUAAUUACUUUAUGUAUGAUGGACAGCCUUACUAUUCUCCUCGAGCUCAUGGCAUUCUUCAGAAGGAUCAUGAAGCAGUUUAUUAGGAACACUUGUACGUCUAUUCAUUCGUGCAAUUGUCUAAUCAGCCAGUUGUGUAGCAGCAGCACAAUGCAUAAAAUCAUGCAGAAGGAGCCAAGGUAACCUUCAGGUAACGUUUACCAUCACCCAUCAGAAUGAAGACAAAAUAUGACCUCUGUUAUUUUGACCGCAGCGUGAUUGUCGGUGUCACACAGGCUGGUUUGGGUAUUUCUCUAUGCACUGUUUAUGUAUCUCCUGGGAUUUUCACACACAAAAGUCUCGAGUCUUUGCUCAGAAUGGUGCAACAAAGAAAAAACAUCCAGCGAGCGAAAGUUCUGCAGAUGGAAACACGUCGCUGAUGAAAGAGUUCAACUGAAAAUGUUUAGACUGGUUCAAGCAGGAGCCUUCCGAAAGAAACUCAGAUAAUUACUCUGUAUAAUUGUGGUGAACAGAAAAGCAUGUCUGAAUGUUCAACAUGUCAAACCUUGAAGGUGAAUGUCAACAAAGAACAGAAAGCUGAGGCUGCCAUG